CCGGAGUCACUAGUUGGGCGGAGUUGUUCCCGGCAGCUUUUCUUUUCCGCCGGUGUGAAACGGUUUAGGUCUUUUUCGCUGGAUCUUAGCCGGGGGCAUCUUGUAGGAAAUCGCGCUACCGGCGAUGGCGCAGAACUGUCUCGAGGUGCAGACCUGACGCCUCCGUCGCGCGAAGGGAUGUGGACUCUUGUGGGUCGGGGCUGGUCGCACGGCCGCGCGCUGGCAGUGUGGGCCGCAGGGACCGCACAGCGGGGGCGCCUGGAGCCUCUUCCCACGCCGACCCGUGGGGCCCCUGCCGAGUUCAGGGCUUGGGACAGGCUCUACACCUCGGCUGAGCGCAAGGAAAAAAUUGACAUGUCUAGAUUCUCUGUUGAAAAUAUUAGAAAUUUCAGUAUCAUUGCACAUGUGGAUCAUGGCAAAAGUACUUUAGCUGACAGGCUCCUGGAACUAACAGGCACAAUUGAUAAAACAAAAAAUAAUAAGCAGGUUCUUGACAAAUUGCAAGUGGAGCGAGAAAGAGGAAUCACUGUUAAAGCACAGACAGCAUCUCUUUUCUAUAAUUGGGAAGGGAAGCAGUACCUUUUAAAUCUCAUUGAUACACCGGGCCAUGUGGAUUUUAGUUAUGAAGUAUCCAGGUCCCUCUCUGCAUGCCAGGGUGUUUUACUUGUGGUUGAUGCAAAUGAGGGUAUUCAAGCCCAAACUGUAGCAAACUUCUUUCUUGCCUUUGAAGCACAGCUAUCGGUAAUUCCAGUUAUAAACAAGAUCGAUCUGAAGAAUGCUGAUCCUGAAAGGGUUGAAAAACAAAUUGAAAAAGUGUUUGAUAUUCCAAGUGAUGAAUGUAUUAAGAUUUCUGCUAAACUUGGAACAAAUGUUGAAAGAGUUCUUCAGGCAGUCAUUGAAAGAAUACCUCCUCCCAAAGUACAUCGCAAAAACCCCCUGAGAGCUUUGGUAUUUGACUCCACCUUUGACCAGUAUAGGGGCGUGAUAGCCAAUGUAGCGUUAUUUGAUGGAGUGGUUUCCAAAGGAGAUAAAAUUGUAUCUGCACAUACUAAAAAGAUACAUGAAGUUAAUGAAGUAGGAGUUCUGAAUCCUAAUGAGCAGCCAGCACAUAAACUAUAUGCAGGACAGGUGGGCUAUCUGAUUGCUGGGAUGAAAGAUGUCACUGAAGCACAAAUAGGAGAUACAUUGUAUUUACAUAAACAACCAGUGGAGCCCUUGCCUGGGUUUAAAUCAGCGAAACCAAUGGUAUUUGCAGGAAUGUACCCUAUAGACCAAUCUGAAUAUAAUAAUCUGAAGAGUGCUAUAGAAAAACUGACUAUAAAUGAUUCCAGUGUGACGGUUCAUCGAGAUAGUAGCCUUGCCUUAGGUGCUGGCUGGAGGUUGGGAUUUCUUGGACUUUUGCACAUGGAAGUUUUCAAUCAGCGACUAGAACAAGAAUAUAAUGCUUCUGUAAUUUUGACAACCCCUACUGUUCCAUAUAAAGCUGUUCUUUCAUCAGCAAAAUUGAUAAAGGAAUACAGAGAAAAGGAAAUUACAAUCAUCAAUCCUGCACAAUUCCCUGAAAAAUCAAAAGUAUCAGAAUAUUUGGAGCCAGUUGUUUUGGGUACCAUUAUCACACCAGAUGAAUAUACUGGGAAAGUAAUGAUGCUUUGCCAGGCUCGAAGAGCAGUUCAGAAGAAUAUGAUAUUUAUUGAUCAAAAUAGAGUUAUGCUUAAAUAUCUUUUCCCUUUGAAUGAAAUUGUGGUGGAUUUUUAUGAUUCUUUGAAAUCCCUGUCUUCUGGAUAUGCUAGUUUUGAUUAUGAAGAUGCAGGCUACCAGACUGCAGAACUUGUAAAAAUGGAUAUUCUGCUGAACGGAAAUAUUGUAGAGGAGCUGAUAACUAUUGUUCACAAAGACAAAGCACACUCUGUUGGCAAAGCCAUAUGUGAACGUCUGAAGGAUUCUCUUCCUAGGCAACUGUUUGAGAUAGCAAUUCAAGCUGCUAUUGGAAGUAAAAUUAUUGCAAGAGAAACUGUGAAAGCCUAUAGGAAAAAUGUUUUGGCAAAAUGUUAUGGUGGUGAUAUUACCCGAAAAAUGAAACUUUUGAAGAGACAAGCAGAAGGAAAGAAAAAACUGAGGAAAGUUGGCAACAUUGAAGUUCCAAGAGAUGCUUUUAUAAAAGUUCUAAAGACACAAUCUGAUAAGUAAUUGUUGGAAAAAAAAUACAAUGAAUUUUCAUAAAUUAAAA